AUGGCAUUGGUUCUGAGGUAUGUUAACAAUGGUGGAGAGAUUGUAGAAAUAUUCUUGGCUUUGGUUCAUGUCACUGAUACCACGGCAAAAUCUUUGAAAAAAGGGAUUGGCUUUGUAUUUGCUAAGCAUGGUUUAUCUUUGUCACGCUUAAGAGGUCAAGGUUAUGAUGGUGCAUCAAAUAUGCAAGGUGAGUACAAUGGUUUGAAAUCACUUAUAUUGAAUGAAAAUCCAUAUGCCAAGUACGUUCAUUGUUUUGCCCAUCAGCUCCAAUUAGUUGUGAUAAAUGUUACAAAAGCACAUGGUGCUAUAAGUGAUUUUUUUACCAUUGCCACUAUGAUUAUCAACACAUGUGGUUCAUCUUGUAAAAUAAAGGACAAACUACGGCAGAUUGAGCAUGAAAAGCUUGUCGAAGCUAUAGAAAGUGGAGAAAUUGAAAGUGGAAGAGAACUUUAUCCGGAUGACUUAAAACUUAAAACUUAUAUCAAUGAUAUGGUUGAUAAAGUUGAGUUCUUCAACAUUGAAGAUUUGGGAAAUUUAGUAAAGAUUUUGGUUUCUACCGCAAGAGAUAAAGCUUUCCCCUUGGUGUACCAUUUGAUUGAGUUGACAUUGAUCCUCCCGGUUGCAAUAGCUUCUGUCGAGAGAGUAUUUUCUUCCAUGAAAAUUAUUAAGACAGAUUUGCGCAAUAGAAUGAGAGACGAAUGA